AGGCGCAGGCCAAACUUUUGUUAUGUUGUGGUGUUAUUGCAACGGUUGCAAGUAGUUUGUUGAGAUUUCGUGGAAACGGUUAUCAUUUAAUUUAAUUCAGACGUAAACAGAGCCAUGUCUGUCGAGGAGGACACCGAGCUUCGAGAUCUUGUCUCCAAAACUCUAGAAAAUAAUGGAGUGUUGGCAAAAAUUCGGGCUGAGCUUAGAGCUAGUGUUUUCCUUGCAUUGGAGGAACAAGAGUCAAAUUCGACACCGUUUGAAAACAAAGCUCUUAAGGAGUAUCUGAAAAGUCCUCAAGCUGCCCUUGGAUUGUGUAUUGUAAGGGAGUUCCUAGAAUACCUUGAAUUGGAUUUUUCCCUCUCUGUCUACAACACUGAAACUAGUCAUGGCAAGGGAUAUGAAUAUAGUGGCCGCAGUAAACUGAUCAAAGAAUUACAGCUCAAAAACCUCGGUGGAAAGAAAGGGCCUCUUUUAUCUCAUAUACUUCAAAUUGCUCAGGAAUCUAAUGGAAUUGCUCAAGACAACAAAGAGGAAACUUCAAAACUAGGGCCUUCUGAAUCAAAUUCGUUUAACAUCAGUCAUGAUUUUGGAACAGGCGUGGAAAGCCCCAAUGGGUCUCUUGCACCCCUGGACAGAACAUUCACUUCAGAUGGUCCAACCAUGAAAGUAACAUUGUCAUCAUCAUUGAAUGAUGAUGACGGUAAAAGCCGUUCUGAGAAACCUGACAAUAUACACUCUCAAUCUAGUGAUGACAUUAAAGCAUCAGCAGCAGAUAAUGCCGACCCUAAGAACGCCAGUUCAAUCAAAAAUAAUGAUGCACCUACAGGGGACAGGAAAAAUGAUCAUGAAGGGGUUUUUCAGUUGAAGUCAUCCAAAGUUGAAUCAAAAAAUUCUAUGGCAUCCCUAAAUGACCUGCCUCCACUUGACAGCCUUCAAGGAAGAGGCAACAUUGCAAGCAAUAUCAAUUUUGCUGGAUUAGGUUUACAAGAUGAUUAUGAGGAGGAUUUUGUUUCAACUGGGAGCAGUGCUGCUUUAGAAGAAAAAAGCAAAAGCCUUAGUCAUAAAUCUAACAAACAAGGUACUAGCCCACCAGAAAAUCUAUUUGCCAGGAAAUCAUCCAAAAGUGACUUGGAAAUUUCUGACAAGAAAACUAAUAGCCCAGCUGGUAGCAUAAGUGAAGACUUGGAUGACAAUACCAAUUCAGGCAUUGAUGAUUUGCUUAACAGCACUGCCUCAACUGAGAACACUACGGACAAUACAAUAUCACAUAUCAGAAGCACAUAUGCUGACUACCUGGAAACUAUAUAGGGAAAAGAAGUACUGUACUGAAAUAUGAAGUUAAAUGAGAAUUUAAGGCUAUUUUAUUCAACUAUGAAUGUGUGUAUUUAUUUUUGACUGAGUGGAAAAUGAAAUUGUGGAUAAAGUGCACAA